CGCGUCCCACCCACAGUGUGCCAGUCCCAACCUGCCUGUGUUCCUAUAAAUGAGCAGCGGUGAACUCCUGCCUUCAACCACCGCCUCUGCACUCUGUGCUUUCUCUAUUGUUUGGAGAUUUUUUGGGACUUUUGCGGGUCUUCACGUUUUGCUUUCACUCCUCCACACGUGUGGUGCGUGCGAGCACAGCGUGCAGCUUCAGUCGUCGCGAGAGGAACAUCAGGAAAACCGCACAUCAUCAGUCAUGGCCACCAUCAGCAUCUCGAACACAGCUUUUGCCUUGGAGCUGCUCCGCACUCUGAGCCAAGCAAAUCCCACCGGGAACAUCUUUGUCUCACCGCUGAGCAUCAGCUCGGCCCUGGCUAUGGUUUACCUGGGGGCUAAAGGAGACACUGCUGCUCAGAUGGCACAGGCCCUUUCAUUCGGCUCUGGUGAAGGCGUCCAUGCAGACUUCCAGACACUGAACGCAGACAUCAACUCACCGUCUGCAUCGUACAUCCUGAAACUAGCCAACCGUCUAUACGGAGAAAAUUCCGCCAACUUCCUCCCGAAAUUCCUCGAAGCCACACAGAAGUACUACCAGGCAGACCUGAAGGCUGUUGAUUUUAAAGGGGCUCCAGAGGCAUGCAGAGCGGAGAUCAACAGCUGGGUAGAGCAGCAGACAGAAAAUAAGAUUAAAGAUCUCCUGAAACCAGGAACAGUCAGCGCUAUGACAAGAUUGGCUCUGGUUAACGCCAUCUACUUCAAGGGAAACUGGUUGCACCGCUUUGAUGUGGCAAACACCAAAGAGAUGACCUUUAAAGUCAACCAGAAUGAGGCCAAGCCGGUCCAGAUGAUGUACCAGAUGAAGAAGCUGCCCUACAACUACGAUCCCGAGCUUGGUCUGCAGAUCCUGGAACUGCCAUACGUGGAUGAGGAGCUCAGCAUGUUCAUCCUGCUUCCUGAGGAGUCCGCAGACGGCUCUGACCCUCUGCUGAAGCUGGAGAAGGAGCUAACACGGGAGAAGCUGGACGAAUGGACCAACAGGGAAAACAUGGACGUCCACUCGGAAGUCCUCGUUCACCUGCCCAAGUUCAAGCUGGAGGAAGACUACGAGCUGAACGAGCCUCUGGCCAAACUGGGCAUGACAGAUGUGUUCUGCGGGGCGAAGGCCGAUUUGUCUGGCAUGAACGGCGAAGGAGGACUGUUCCUGUCCACGGUGGCCCACAAGGCCUUUGUGGAGGUGAACGAGGAGGGGACGGAGGCGGCCGCAGCCACAGCAGGCAUGAUAGCAUUGUGCAUGUUGAGGGAGGAACACUUCAUGGCGGACCACCCCUUCCUCUUCUUCAUCAGGCACAAUAAGACCAAGUCCGUCCUCUUCCUCGGCAGGUUCUCGUCUCCUCAGUAGACAGAACCAGCUGAGGAAGAUGUUGGGCCAAUUGAAAUAAAAAAACAUGCAAAAUCCUUGAAAUUAAGGCUGUAUUUUCUGUGAUGUUUUGCUAAUUGAAGAGCUGUCUGCCUUUGAACUGAAAUUGUAGCUGUAGAUGGAGUUGGAGUGUUUUUGGUUGAAUUAAUGCAUUGUAAUACUGGAGUGAACUUAAGUGAAAUAUAGCAACAGACUUUGGGGUUUUAAAGUGACUACACUGUUAAGAUUUUUCAUAAGGACUGUUACUUCAGUUGACAGUACUUCUAAUGAAGUGGGUUCACCCUGAGGUCUGUGGGUUUUCCAGAGGAACUGAACUCAUAUUUUAGGAUUUUUAAAUAUAGAUAAAGCAUAAGAAAAAUGAAUGGUGAUGAAUGUAGUAAGUGGUUUAUUAUGUGUUACUGCUUUGAUGAUAAAUUUGCAAGAUGUGUUUUUGCAAAUCCUUACA